AUGGCCGAUUUACAGUGGCCGCCUUCCAUGGCCCACCCCUCCCCGGCGCCAUCCUUUAGAUCCAGAUCUCGAGCUCCAUCCAAAGGAGGAUCGAGAUCGAGAUCGAGACCGUCCUUGCGCCGGCGAGAUUCCUCCCCGACACCUUCCUCCCCACCUGGCCUCCCAACCCCCGCAUUCUCCCCCGACGGACAAACAGACGAAGAUGAUAUCGAUAUCACCGAGGAUACCUUAUCCCCCUUCGACCCGCGGAGGAUCACACCUACUCUCCAUGCAUCUCUCGUAUCGGAGAUUCUCUCGCUACGGCGGGAGAUAGAGAACAAAACCAAGGCAAUCGAUGGGUUAGAAGAGAGCUUGGACGAAUCAAGGACUGAAAAUGAAACAUUGACCACGAAUCUGUCCCAGGCGACCUGGGAAGGGCGCUCGUUGAAACACCAAAUCCAACUAUUGGAAGGUGGAACGUCAUCUGCGAUGGCCGAGCUAGCUCGGGAGCGCGAUGAAGCGGUCGAGAACAUCGGCGAUGUUCGUAAAAGGCUCGAGCAGGCACAGAAAAAAGCCCGAAGUCGGGAGGAGGACGUCGAACGAACCCAAUUACUCUGGAGUCGCGACCAAGACUCCUGGGCGGAUGAACGCCGAGCCCUGGAACGCAAGAUUCACGUAGUAGAGGGCCGCUUGAAGACCGUUUUGAACGAGGUCGCAGCCGCCCAGGAAGUGGUGACUAUCCGCUCGCGUUCACAACCGAGUGAGAAUAAUGACCAUAUUCAUGACAAGAAUAAAGAAAGCGACUCAGCCAGUGUGGCAUCUAGUAGCCUAGGCCGCCGACGCACGAGCGUGACCACCUUGAGCUCAGAAGAAGGUGAAGAGGCGGUCAUAUUCCAUAACGUGCGGUACUCAGUUAUGAGUAUCGCGCCUGGAGGCAAGAAUGGUUCAGGUCUGAACCUGGCGGAGGAACUCGACUUCGAUGAAGAGGAUGAGGAUGAGUUUGUCCCAUCUGAUGAUGAGCUGCCUUCCUCUCCGGAGGCGCUGCCCGAAGAACGCCCAAUGUCGGUUCACUCACAGGGGUCGCAUAGUGUUUCUUUCAAGGCCAGGAAGAUCCUAGGUCUUUCCCUGCAGAGCUCGGACUUAUACUCACCCACUGCCAUGGAGUUCCGUGCACGGGAACUCGGGCUUGCUAGCCCAGUGAAACUUGACCCGGCAGUUGAAUACCGCGAUAUCGGCAUCCAGUACUCACCUCCUCCGUCGCCUACGCUAGAAGGGAAGGUUGUAUACGACAUUGUUCCUGAGCCCGAGAAAGAAGACGACCAGAAAACGAAAAUACCUAGAACGAAUGACAGCGCCACGCUCCCAGUUGCACCUCAGAUGGUUUCUACUUCUUGUCAGACCGUGGAUGAACUCCCAAGUCCUCCAUGGACGCCGAAUGUGGCUGACUCGCCUCAGCCUGUCGAGUCCACCCCGGAGCCGGUGCAAAUGAAAUCGGCAUCCACCCAGACUGAUGUCGUUCCGGAACCAUGUGUUGCUCAAAGCGAAAACCUGUUUCCUAAUGCCUCAUCCAAGAUGGACAUUCCAAUGAUCGCUAUCCACCCACCAGGCUCAGAGCCAUCCUCACCUCGAAAUAGUGUCGUUCUUCCACCGCAGACCAAGAACAUCGCUUGCCAGGCCAACUUCCGGGCAAUUGCUGAUUGCCGAUCCGUCGCUAUCCAAACCGAGGAGAUCCGUUUCGAUCAACGCCCUGUCAGACUUCCUGCCAGUCUUCUUCCUUCUGCUAUUCAAGAUGCACUACCUCUCCCUGAACCCGAAGAGCCUAGCCUCGAGUUUUGCACUGUGCCCCCGGUUCCGCCACGGUCCGAGAAACGAAAGCAGAGACGUCUGAUAACAGAUCAGCCGACAGAUCAUCCCGUGAAGCCUCCUAGAGCACCUGGUCCAGAUCAUGUGCAGGCCUACCCCGGUAACAACGAUAAUGGUCCGCUCUCAGAUGAUACCUUGUCCAAUAUUCGACGGCCUCUACGUUCAAGCAGUCUCUUCGCCGGCUUUGAGAAUAACAGCGACGACGAAGGCCCGCAUGGCGAACGCGAUGUCUUCACCGACGAUGAGCUCCUUAACCGCCCAUUUGCCGCAUACACUGUCAGUCGUGGCAAGCUCAUCACUUCGAAAUCAAGACCUAGCUUGGACGACAUGCCUCUCCCCGAGAUCGACGAGCAGCUAUCUUCCCCGGAGUCAAGACCACCCAAUAUUGGCCGUUCUCGGGCUUCCCAGCGGUCUGGUAUGACCAGUAUUCGCCAGCCCGGCAUGCGCAAAUUAGCCAUGAUUUCCAGCGGAACCGCCGCGCACCAGAAACCCCGUGCCCGCAGUCCCAGCGAACCAAGCCUCGAGAGCGGCAGUACAGGCUCAAGCAUCGCACCGCCAUUCCCUGUGCCCAUCCGUCUCAGCUCACGCAACCUUCCGCUGAACGGUAGCGACGGACCUCCAAGUCCUACUCGCUCAGCCGCCAGACAGUUCUCGGACCGUGGUCGCCAAUCUGUCGUCCGGCGCCCAACUCUCCGCCGAGUGCGAUCCGCAGCAGCAACGUCACAGUCGGAUAUUACCGAGAGACCAGAAACACACUCUUCCCCGUCACGAUCGACCGCAACCUUUUCCCCAGAAAGCCCCGCAUACCGAGCAUAUCGACCACCGCCAAUGCCGUGUGAUGAGAUCACAGCACCUCGUGAGCGGUACGGGCCAUCGAAACGCAUCUCGCAUCGCACGACUCCAUCCCAAACCUGGAACCAUGAACAGUGCGAUAGAAAGGAUUCCACCGGUGGUGUGCAGCCAACCAGCGUCGUUGAUGCUAUUGCUCAGACCAUGGUUGGCGAGUGGAUGUUCAAAUACGUCCGUCGACGCAAAUCAUUUGGGAUGGGCGAGUCCAAGGAGACUUGGGAGGGCAAGAACCCUGACGAUGUGUCGGCGAAUAUCACGAACAGUGGUGUGCGACAUAAACGAUGGGUUUGGCUCGCCCCGUACGAAGGCUCCAUUAUGUGGAGUAGUAAACAGCCUACGAGUGGGCCUGCAUUACUCGGCAAAAGUGGCCGGAAGUGUAAGUCUUUAAGGAACUCAUUCGAUUUGGUUGGAGUGGCAGCUAACAUAGUAUCUCGCCUCGGUAUAGUCACGAUUCAAUCCGUCUUGGACGUCAAAGACGACAACCCCAUACCCAAAGGCGCCGGCUCUUCGAUCCCAUUCAACCGCUCUAUCCUGGUGCUGACACCACAGCGUGCUCUGAAAUUCACAGCACUAACCAUCGAACGCCACUACGUCUGGCUAACAGCCCUAUCCUUCCUCAGCCAUUCCGCAAUCGGCCUCCAAGAACUAGCAGCUCUACCUCCAGUCCCACAAGAAGAAUCGCCAACCCCACCUCAAGCCUCCCUCCGCCGAAACCCAAUUCGCGACUCCAUUCGGGUCGCAAAGGGCCGUCCCCGCCCAGUGCCAAAGCACAAACGCUCCUUCAACAGUGCCGGUGCUCCGGCCCCAGUCCCCGAAAUCCCAGGGGGCAGCAUCGACCUAGCAGCCGACGCACCACACGUUCCCCGUUUCUCAACCCACAGCCGCAAACGCAGCAACACCGCGCCCCGUCCCCCAGCUCUCCACGCUCUCCGUAGCUUCUCCAGCGCCGGUACUAUGCCUUCUUCACACAGCGGCACCACGGCCGGCUCGUCGGAGCUACAUUUCCCCGCCAUGCAGCCCCCAGGCCCACCUCCAGGCAUUGGAAGUCGUCGCAGCAGUAUCAGCCGACGCACUUCCGAGGCGAGUGGCCGUGCUUCCAGUGGGGCUGGCAGCAACAUGUUUGACAUAGGCACUGUGCGUAUGGAGGCUUUCAUCGACCGCCACGCAGAACAGAUUAAUCGUCCUCGUGCGCCUCCGCGCCAGCGCCAUACCCGCAAGACAUCCAGUCAGUGGAGUGAGAGACGGUAUGAGUUUGACACGCCUUCGGUCCAUGGCAGCGAGUUCUCAUACCGUCCUGAUGAUCCGUGGCGGGGAUUCUAA